UUAACAAAUUGGCAUUUACUCAGUAUUUUAUGUAACUUUUGAACUUGUGUGCAGAAAAAAUCCAAGAUUUCUGCAUCCCGCAGACUGACUCUGAAGACCAAGCUGCUAAAGGUGGCAACUGUGAUGUUGGAGAAAGAGAAGGAGGCAAAGCGCCAGGAGAGAGAAACUGCUCUGAGCGAGAGAGUACCUCCGUUGCAGCUGUCCGGCCUGUCAUUGCAGGACCUUCAGGCUCUGUGCAAAGAAUUGCACCAUAAGAUUGACGUGGUUGAUGAGGAGCGCUACGACAUCAACUCCAAAGUCACGAAGAAUAAUCUCGAGCUUGAAAAUUUGUCUGCCAAAAUUAUUGAGCUGAAGGGUAAAAUGAAGCGACCUGCUCUCAAGAGGGUGAAGAUUUCGGCCGACGCCAUGUUGGGAGCUCUGCUAGGUGCAAAGGUCAAGGAGUCUGUGGACUUUAAGGCCAACCUCAAGACCGUCAAAAAGGAAGAAGAGAAGAAAGAGGAAGUGACCGACUGGCGUAAGAAUGUGGAAGCCAUGUCUGGUAUGGAGGGCAGAAUGAAGUUGUUCAAUGUGGCCCAGUAGAUUCCAAAAGGGAGAGAUAGACAGAUUGUCAUUUGCACUGUGUCUGACCACUGGUGUUGCAUAUUUGUUAAUGUAAUAUCAGUAGAUAGAGUGGAAAUGUGCAGUAUUUCCAUAUUGUAUCAAGAUGUCAUGGAACAUUUUGAUGAUAAAGAUAAUAAAAAAGGGAUAAUCACUGAAAGUAAC